AUGAAAUUUGGAUGGAAAAUAAUAGUAGGAAGCAUAGUUGGAUUUCUAGGAUCAGCAUUUGGGAACAUUGGAGGUGUUGGUGGCGGUGGCAUCUUUGUGCCCAUGCUUACCCUCAUUAUUGGAUUUGAUACAAAAUCUGCAAUAGCAAUAUCAAAAUGCAUGAUUACUGGUGGAGCAACUGCAACAGUUUUCUACAAUUUGAGGCAGAGACACCCCACACUUGACUUGCCCGUGAUUGAUUAUGACUUAGCACUUCUCUUCCAACCAAUGUUGAUGCUUGGAAUCAGUAUCGGAGUUGAUUUCAAUGUCAUUUUUCCUGAGUGGAUGCUAACAGUUUUGCUGAUAAUACUUUUCGUUGGCCUUUCAAUCAAAUCAUUCUUGAAGGGUGUUGAUACAUGGAAGAAAGAAACCAUUAUGAAGAAGGAAGCUAAGAAGAAUUCACGGAUUGAAGACAUUGCAACUGCAGAAGAUGGUGCACAUUAUAUUCAGACAGAAGCCCCUGUCAAAAUCGAUACUAAUGAACUAAAGAAAAAAGUUUCUAUGGUUGAGAACAUUCGUUGGAAGGACCUUGGACAUCUUUUCGCUGUUUGGUUCAUGAUACUUGCGUUAGAGAUUGGAAAAGUUGGUACCCUAUGA